UUAAUUUUAACAGCUGCUUACACAGUUAUUUUAUAUCUCAACUUGAGUCAGGAUUAUGAUUCUGGAAGAACUAUUUGGUAGUUUUGUGUCACUUUUGUCAAGUUUGACAAUUCGAACACCGGCGAUAUCGCGAGAAAAUCUGCAACGGGAAUACACUUUGAUAUUUGAAGGAAAUCCUGAGCGAGACGAAGUGUACGAUGGCUUAAUACAUCGUGAGUAUGAACAAGAGACACCGACGGAUUCGCCUUAUUAUGAAGAAGAUGUAUCUGUUUCAGUGCAAGCUAAUGAACAACCUGGGCGAAAUUUCUGCGAAUCAUUUCUCCGAAGUUUUAAAGCAAAUAUUGGACUAAUAAUCGUGGCUGUUUUCAUAUUAGGCUUGCUCACAAUUGCGGUUGUGUUGGUUGACUUGAAAACCACUGACGCGUGCGUAGAAUGGGUUCUGCAUAAGAAUCUCACUAUCCCAACAAGCGUAGAGAUCUUGCAAACUGUUGGAGUCGGUGCCGCAUUACUACCGUUGUUUAUAUGGUUUCCCGUAUGCAUCGCCAUGUUAUGGGGUUUUAAAGAGUUUAGAAAUAAUUAUUUAUUACGUUUAUUUCUCUCACAGUUGGUGAUUGGAUCCAUAACAUGUGUAUAUAGAAUUUAUAUAGCUGGUAAGGUUGCACCUACCAAUGUUGAUUAUAACAAAUACAGGUUAGUUAUUCAUUGGAAGUAGGAUGGGUUGGUAAAUCUAAGCUUCAGAAUUGUGUGAAUAAAAAUGUCCCACAGCCAUACCGGAUAUUCAUGUCAGAUUGUCAGCAAUUAUUGGAUGAGGUUGAACAGGUAUUCAGAAUUAUUACGCUCACAUGCCAUUGUCCAAUCACGGGUCUUCAGUAGCAUCAUGCCAGCCCGAUAUUUUACAAUGUAGGACAGUUCAUAUUGGACAGUAGCUUAUCCUAGCUUUUUUCCUCGUUUAUCAAACAUUUUCUGAUGUUUUGUCAAUUUCAAAUGAAAUGACAAUUAAGUAUAAUGAUAAGAAUUUGGAACAUUAUGAGAGUUUUGCCUGCCAGUUUAAAAUUGUAAAAGCGCGGGGAAAUCUUCGCGAAAUUCAUUUGUUUACAACAGUCGCGAGGUUACUAAUAUAUAGUUUUUUCAUUAAAUUAGUUCAAUUCACCUUCAAACAUACGUGGAAUUGAGUUUUUUUAUGCAAUCUAAUACAACUUGAUUAACUUUUAUUUAAGUUAAUACAAGUCUAUGGCAUUUUUGCGACCAGCGAGCGAGCACCAGCGAGCAAGCUGGGAGCAUCCUAAUCUGUGCGUAGAAAAUUUAAAUAUACCGCUGAGUUCGGAUUAGCCCCGGCUCAAGAUUCACCGAUUCAUCUCGGCUUGCAUUCCAUAUUUGGAAUAUAUUUCCAUAUUUGGAAGACCGCAUGAAACGGUAUUUCCGCCGCUGUUAUGCCGUCCAGUGUUUUAUUUACUCAUGGAUACUGUCUGAUGCAUUUUUAUACAUGUACCUUUAACUUUUGUUCAUCAAAUUGUACAUCAAAUGAAGUUUAAAUUAGCAUCUACUAACUGUUAUUGAAGACAUAUUUAAAUAAUCAAAAAGAUUAAAUGCUGUGCAUGAGGAUGUUGUGAUGUAUACAAAGAAACGUCUGUUGUUUGAAAGUCAUGUACCGGGCUUUAAUAUUUAUCCUUAAUUAAAUUGCGCUUUGUCAAUUGGUACUGUUAUUGACACGUCAUGCUAUUCAUAGAAGGCGACUUUGCGCCGUAGCGACAAUAUAACCACAAAUGUAACAAUUUGUUAUGUAAUUUGUAGCAAGUGACGUAAUUGGAAACCAAUUAGUCAAGUUCAUAUUUUGAUAAAUUUAUCUAAAUUGAAUAUUCAGUGUAAAUUGGCCGACUUUUAAUAUAUAAUGAGCAAUAUUGGCCCAUAUAUUAUCACCACCCCUUUGCAUAAACUUGAAAAGUUGUUACUGUUUUAUAUUUUGAAUAUAUCAAUAGACAAUAAUAUGAAAUAAAGUACCUUGUCAUGUGCAUGUUUAUUUGACGCAAAUCGUUACAUAAAAAAGAAAAAACCCGACCGACCGCCCGACUUUUGGCAAAAGUAAAGGAUGAUCACCAACUAUCUGGCCUAAACAGCGUGAGCCGGCGCGUUGUCAUUAGUGACCAACGUCUCCAGGUUGCACGUUUUAACCUGUGGUUACGCCUAGUAUAAUUCAAUAAUCAGGCCGGUUUUAGAAUAUGGUGAUGUUUUAUGGUCUGGGGGUCUAACUGCUAAACAACGAUGCAAUAUCGAAAGGAUUCAAAAACAAGCAUUUCGUAUAAUAUAUCCAGGACAGGAUUACGAACAGGUAGUGAAAGCGAACAAGUUGACAAAAUUGGAACAACGAAGAAAAGACCACUGUUUCAAGUACUAUUUAAAAAACGAGCAGGAGUGUUUUAUUAGGUUUAAAUUUUAUUAGGCUGUAGACCUAAUAAAACACGACCUGCGAGUUUUUAAAUGGCUUCAAAAACGUAUGCAUAAUAAGUCAAAUCUUUAUAUAAAAAUCUUUAUAUAAAAAUCUUUAUAUAAAAAUCUUAAUAUAGUUUGCAUAACAAUGGUCUUUAUUUAAAGUGUUCUUUAGCUGGUAUAAAGACGUAUGCACGUGACUAAUUUCUUACUCAAGAUUGGAUAAUUGGUUCAUGAAAUAUUAAUGAGUUUUUGAAGUUAAUAUCAAAUAUGACCGAAGAAGAUCAUAAGCUUAAUCAUUUUCUUCCUCCAAAAAGAUCUGAGGUAACGGAAAGAACACUAGAGGGAACAAAAGUUGUUUAUACAACUUUUUUAGUAGAACUAAUAGAUUUAAAAAUGGCCCGCUUUUACAUGCUAUUAACAUUUUUAAUACUAUGAACAACAUUUAGGAUAGUAAAUAAGUUUAAUUAUAAUUAAAUUUUUAAUAUAGUUAUAAACUACAUAGUAAUUUAACUUAUGUUAUUGUAACUUAUGUUAUUGUAACUUAUGUUAUAACUUAUGUAACUUAUGUUAUAACUAUAAUGUUAUAUAUAUAGAUAGUAAUUUAACUUAUGUUAUUGUAACUUGUGUUAUAACUUAUUGUAACUUAUGUUAUAACUAUAAUGUUAUAUAUAUAGACUUUUGUUAAUUUGAAUGAAAGUUAAUAAACUUGUAUUAGAUUGCUUAAAAAAACUCAAUUCCACGUAUGUUUGAAGGUGAACUGAACUAAUUAUAUAAGUAACUAACUAUAUAUAUAUAUAUAUAUAUAUAUAUAUAUAUAUAUAUAUAUAUAUAUAUAUAUAUAUAUAUAUAUAUAUAUAUAUAUAUAUAUAUAUAUAUGAGCUGAUAUACGGCGAGUAAUUCAACCAAUCAGAUUGCAGAACAGCUCAUAUACGGUGGAUGACUAUAUUAUAAAUAGUAUAUAUAGUAUAUAUAUAGUAUAUAUAUAGUAUAUAUAUAUAUAUAUAUAUAUAUAUAUAUAUAUAUAUAUAUAUAUAUAUAUAUAUAUAUAUAUAUAUAUAUAUAUAUAUAUAUAUAUAGAAUAUGAGGUAAUAAGGGAAGUUUGCAAAUUAACACAAGCUUAAGAGAUCCAUAGUAUAUUUAAUAUAUAUAUAUAUAUAUAUAUAUAUAUAUAUAUAUAUAUAUAUAUAUAUAUAUAUAUAUAUAUAUAUAUAUAUAUAUAUAGAAUAUGAGGUAAUAAGGGAAGUUUGCAAAUUAACACAAGCUUAAGAGAUCCAUAGCAAACUUAAGAGAUCCAUAUAUAUAUAUAUAUAUAUAUAUAUAUAUAUAUAUAUAUAUAUAUAUAUAUAUAUAUAUAUAUAUAUAUAUAUAUAUAUAUAUAUAUAUAUACAGGGUGAAUCAAAAUAAACGCAAUUCAUCUUUUGUGCUUAAUAACUUUCGAAAUACUAUUUCUAGUUAAACGCUUUUAGGCUUACUUCAAAGCCUGUUCUUUUCUCUUUCAAACAAACUAUUAUCCUUGUCUCCAAUGCUAGUAAUAAUUGCACAGGAAAAGAUUUAGUAAAACUUAUCAUUUUUAGUUGCUGUUUAAUUAUGCAAGUUUACUAUGUUAUUGUUUAGUCAGUUUAAAUGUUAGAAUUUUCUUCUUUAAACUUUAAUGUUGUCGUCACUACAUCUGGAAAACCACGUAAGAACAAAUUAAAAGUAUUUUAAAAGAGACCAGGUUGUUUGAAAAUCCUAAACGAAUGCUAAAAAUCGUCAAAACAUUCUGGUGUCUGAGCCAGAGUGUCAUCGAAUUGCGAUGUAAUGUAAACAGAAAUUAUAGCAAGUUGAUGUCAGUCAGCUUAGAUGGUCCAAGCCAAAAUUAUAUCGCAUUUGAAGUUUCAAACUGAGUUAAAAAUAGUGGAAGAAAAGCCGUAAUUAUACUUAUUGUUACAAUCCAUUUAAUAAAAUGCAACAUUUUUUUGUUUUAAUGAAAAAAUCAGUUAUUUUCAUGAGAACGAUUUGUUAUUCCAUCUCAAUUUUUUUAAUCUCCAAUCGCAAUAACGUAAAGUAUUAUUACCCGCGAACCAAUGAGUCAAAUUUAAGAAACAACCCACUGUUAGAAAGCUGAAUGGCUACGCUUUAAAAUGAAUGUAAACUUUAACGUUUUCGUCUAUUAUUUGUUUAGCAAUUUACAUUUCCGUCGAGGAUUGCGCUUUUUUUUAUACACCCUGUAUAUAUAUACAUAUAUAUAUAUAUAGAGCGUAAUAUAGUUUUUUGUUUUACCUCCAAAAACCACAACAGUCUGUUUCAUCCGUAUAGGAAUCAUCAGGUGGUGAUUCCGAUACCCAGCUGCGGCAGACAACAUCUUUCUGCUUGCGCUGGGUAUGGAAAUUAUAUAAUACACACUCUAGAACAUUUUCAUCUUAACAAUUACGGAGUGUACAAUUACACAACUUAACAUAGCACUUGCAGAACUAGCAUUGUUCAAUGCUGAAUUAAUAUAAACGAGUAUGUUUAUGACAUUCAGUAUAUAUUUCAUAAUUUCUAGUCUUAAAUCCGUCUGACCGUGUAGCUCAGUUGGUAGAGCGUCGAUCUAGUAAUUCGAAGGUCGCGGGUUCAAGACCCAGCCGCGGCAGACAACAUCUUUCUGCUUGCGCUGGGUAUGGAAAUUCUAUAAUACACAUUCUAGAACGUUUUCAUCUUAACGUAUUACGGAGUGUACAAUUACACAAUAUAUAUAUAGCACGAUAAGCUACUGUCCAAUAUGAACUGUCCUACAUCAUAUACAUCCUACUAAAAUAUUGGGCUGGCACGUGAUGCUAUUGAAUACCCGUGAUUGGUCAAUGGCAUGUGAGCGUAUAUAAUAAUUCUGGAUAUCCUGCGUAGGCCGAAUCCAAUGAUUGUUUUAUUGUUCAUUUUGUGACAGUAACAAAUAAAACAAACAAAAAUUAAAAACAAAUGAAAAUUCAUUAAAUUCAUAUACUAUUGAUAAAGUAUCCCGCAAAUUUUUAAUUUCAUAAAAAGCACUGCUUAGAUUCUUGCAGGGCUCAGUCAUAUCAUAUCAUAUAAUAUCAGUUAACUAUUCUUUUUCCUUUCUCCUAAAAGCACUCGAACUGAUGCUGCAUAUUAUUUUGGUAAUUAGUUUAAAUUUAUAACCUAGGGGCCUAAAACAAAAGCCAUAUGGUUUCUAGUAGGCUCCUAGCCAAUCUCUUGUAAAUAGUUUAUUUCUUUUUUGUGCAAUUUCAAUAUCUUGGGCGAAUCAGCAAAUAAAUAAAAUAUAUAUGCGGAAAUCCAAUCCAUCGAAAUGUUCUAGGACAUACCUUCAAAUUUACGACAUAAAUAAAAAAAUUACGAUUGACAACCACUCUCACUGUAAUAGGAUGGUUUCCGGUGCAAUUCGAAUAAAACAUGCACGAGUGAAUUCCCCAAAGAGCAUCAAACUCACGAGUGCUUGCUCUAUCCAAAUUUCACGAGAAACCAUCCUAUUACUUAUUAUUAUUUUAUGGCAAGCAUCAUUUCCGGUGAAAUGGCAGACUGUUAUUGGCUGAGAAGCACUUUCAGCGGUCCAUUAUUUCCCCGUAAUGGAUCGGCGGUCCAUUACGAAAAAACAAACGCAUGCGCAUUUUAAAACAAAACAGCAAAACUAAUUGAAAAUUACAAUUUAAUUUGCUAUUAAUAAGAUAUCUGCAAAUGGUUUUUAGUGGAAAAGCAGGAAUACAUUGGUAUUUUUUGUUUUCUUCGAGCAAAUGUGUACCACGCUACUAAUAUGCAUUUCAAAUCAUGUAUAUUUCUUGUUUGUUUCAAGUAUAAAUGCCAUAUAAUAAACUUUUUAUUAACUUCGCUUGCUCGGUAUGUACAGAGAAAUAUCGGACCUCGGUCUUAUUGUACAAACCUCGCCCUACGGACUCGAUCAGUACGAAAAAACCUCGGUCCGAUAUUUCUCUGCGCAGACCUCGCGUUCGGUUAAUAAGAAGUUAAUAAUAUGCAUAAAAUUGUUCGAGACAAUUGUAGUUUUAACUUACGUUCCAUAGAGCGAAUCGUCCACUGACAAAGUCAGUUUUGCUGCUUUGUUUUAUCAAAUUGUGCCGUAACGGCUUGAAAGUUUCACUCCAUGCGGCCGCCAUGGGUUUUUUUUAACAGUCUGUGGCCAUUAUACUACUGCUUUAACCUGAUUGGUUGAUUUUAGAUCACAUUGUUUUUUCCAGCAAUUAAAUCAGUUUGUUACAUGCAGAAUUUUACACUGUUUUCCCAGAUUUUUGCACUGCUGUUUGAAAUUUAACUGCACUGAAAUCAACCAAUCACAGUCGAGUAACAUUUUCAUGUAUAUCAUUAUGCUUGUAACAAAAAAUCUCCUCCCAUAAGUUGCACAAACAAUUCUUGACAUUAUUUUCUCUUUAGAUUACCCGGCAGCGCCUUAUUUAUACUUUCCAUCCCUUGUGGUGCUUAUCUGGUCGCUCGUAAAUUCAAGAAAAUUAACCCGGCAACAUCCUACGGUGUUUUGCGUAUUUCUGUCAUUCUUUCGUUCGCUUUCCUGGGUUCCUGCCUGCUUUCCUUUACCUAUGGAUAUAUUAUUAUCAAGUAUUUUAAGGAAACUAAAGGCAAGAUUAAGAAGGCCGUCAUCGCCGCACUCACGCCAGGGUUAUUUUUGCCGUUGACUGCGGUUGCAAAGUACCUUGUUCUCAGAAAGAGCUCGGAGAUCAUUAGCCCAGAUCGUGCUUAUGUACUGUGUUAUUUUCUACGUGGAGGAAUGAUUAUACUUUACCGAACGAUGCAGUCUGGCUUCCAAAAUAUCUGGCUUUUCAUUGGUUUGUCGCUCUUACAUGGAGUAUCAAACGUUUUGAGUAAAGGAACUCUCAACAUUCGUAUAAAAAUUUGGACGUUUAUCAUUAGAUGUUACAAUGGAACAUGCUGUGGGCCAAGGCUAGAAGUGCAAUCUUUAAAUUCGCCGCGUAUUCGUCGAUUCAACGCAGAUCUUGAAAUUCAGAAUAUCUUAUUCGAGUACACUACGAUCAUCUUAAGUCAAGUAUAUUUGGCUUCAUUUAUCGUAAUGAGCUUCGAUGUCCCAGUCUGGCAAGUCAUAAAAGGUUCUUUAAUCAGGAUAGCCAUAAGUAUGGCCAUAGAUUUUGCAUUUAACAUAAUUUCUGGCUUUAUUCAAAUUCACUAUUAUGACAUUCCCAUGCAAAACGUCUGGAUGAAGUAUUGGCUACGUCACGUGUUUGCUAAUGCGUUCAUAAUGAUCUGCAUGGUAGCUUAUUUUGGAACAUCAUUGGUCAGUGUGUUUUCAGGCCUCCAAAACAUACUGAAAGAAUACAAACUUAGAAAUUGUACAUCAGUGUUUUAG